UUGUCAGUCAGUAGUGACUUGACUAGCGAGCGGAACCGAGCUCAGAGAGCGUACGGGCCGACCGCGUACCGCGCCGCACCUGCAGCUCGACGAGGACCAGGACGACGUCGACGACGUCCACGACCUAGAGGUCGACACGUGCGAGCGACGGCCUGGCGCGGUGCGUCUUCCGUCGGCCUGAGCAGCGCGUCGCGAGUGCCGUGUAAGCGAGUUCGGGCCGCGGUGUCGUGACGAGUUUGUGACGAGUUUGUGACGGUGCGUGUGACAGUGAGUGACCGGCGUGUGACGCACAGUGCAUAGUGCCAGUGUGAGUGUCAAGUGCAGUGUCUGUGGGAUUCGUUGCGGCUAAGGAUUAACUCUGAGCGCGGUGCUGGCUACGGCCGCGGAUCUUCUCCCCCGAGCGCUGAUCCGCCACUCCAGGUUCAUGGUUUCCAUGGAUGAUCCGGAGCCAGAGUCGACGCGGUGGCCCGGUAGAAGCACUCCAAGGACCGCCUACGCCGACAUGGCUCCGAACACCAGAGAGGCGGCGGUGCCCCCGGUACAGAUGGAGCCCGUGGACCUGAGCGUCAAGGCGCCGGCCGUGGUGCUGCAGGUGCCGCACUUCUCCCCGCAGCUGUCGGCCACGCCCAAGCCCAAGGAGCUCCAGCUGCAGGUGCGAGUGGCCAGCCCCAGCCCAGAGCCGCCGUCGCCACCCUCGCCGCCGCCAGACACGCUGUCCUCAUGCCUCGAGUCGCUGCGCACCGGCACCACCACGCUGCUGUCCCUCACCAGGAUACAGGACGCGUCGCUGGUGUUCGGCAACCACCAUCACCACCACCAUCACCAGGCCCUGACCAUCGGGCUGCCGCCGUUGUCGGCGAUGUCGGGCUCCGGGGCCUCGUCGCCCAACGGCUCCGAGACGGCGCCGUCGGAGACGGACGCGGGCCUCGACAUGGACCUCGACGUCGGCGACGUCGGCGACGGCGGCUCGCUGCGGAGACGGAAGGUGCACCGCUGCGACGUGCCGGGCUGCGACAAGGUGUACACCAAGAGCUCGCACCUCAAGGCGCACAAGCGAACGCACACAGGUGAAAAGCCGUACCAGUGCACCUGGGAGGGCUGCACGUGGAAGUUUGCCCGGUCGGACGAGCUGACGCGCCACUUCCGCAAGCACACUGGCCAGAAGCCCUUCAAGUGCCACCUCUGCCAGCGGUCCUUCUCGCGGUCCGACCACCUCUCGCUGCACAUGAAGCGCCACUGACACCGUGGUGACACGCCCAAACGCUCUUGUUGUUGUUAGUUGUUGUUGUAUUUUCGAAUCUGGUCAGAUGAAUCCACCGAAACGGUUAAGUUGUUUGCUGUGAGUGGAAACUGAGUGUGUUUGUUCUGAUGCGAAUUUCCAAGUUUCGUCAAUGUUUCCUGUAAAAUUUGAUGUUUUGGGUGAAAUUUUGAAAUUGACUUUGUUCUUCUUUCGGCAUUUGUUUUUGCCGAAUGUGUUACCGUCUAGUUUGAUCCGUCCUUUACUUUCUAAGCCCAUAGGACAUCGCGUCUUAUGACAGAAUGGGAUUAGAAACAAUUUAUAUCAUAUUUUUGAUAAAGUGUAUGUUUAGGUUGAAGUACAGAGUGUGGUGCGAGCCACUGUCCUAUGUGAUGUAGCAACCCAGUGUUCAUAUCGUCUACUUAAUCAUUCUCAGUGGCUUCAAACUCACAUCAGUCGAACCUCCAAGCCAAACGUUUACUCUCUAAUUGCACAAAUUUGAUUAAGAUUACUGCGAGGGCCGGAUGCUUGAGUUUGGGACCACUGCCGUUUGCUAUUCUUGCCAUACGCAGUAAUAAAAGAAUGUCACCCUGUGUGCCUGUGUGUGUGCUUGGCUGUGUAUACCUGAAAGAAAGAAUGCGUGAAAGUAAGUGACUCAAAGGCAAUAAUUUUUUUUUCGUUUAUGAAAAAAAAACAGCUGAUUGGGGAUGAUGAUUUAUUAAUGUUGCUUGCAGUCUUCAGAGCGGACUGCAGUUUUAGUUUUUGAAAACUGUCAUCACUUCGUAAAGUACAAAAGAUUCUACCCUAUGGGUGCUGUAAAUAGUAUUUUAGAAAAAGAUCUGUGGGCACGUCUUGGUGACGAGGUGCUAAGUAUUUCUAAAGAUCUCUAGCGUUUCCCGGGGCCUCUGCGUUGCGUGGCUCCAAGGGACGCUCCGCCGGUCGUCAGGCCGCGGCUUCUUACCCUUAUGAAUGUUUGAGUUUUGGCCUAGCUGUAUUGGCCACAAAUGGAUCCACGGAAAAAUCAGGGGUUGUGCGAUUAUCCUUGCUCACAAAUUAUUUUUAACCAGCUUGAAAACAAAAACUCGUUAUGUUGUAGAUUUUUAUAUUUUUACAAACUUUUUUCUCUAUUUUUGUACCGCCGUUUCGAAAUACUUCCAUAUUGUUUCGAUUAAUUUUGCAAUUUCGUACGCCUCUAGUCCAAUGUAUGAUUCUUCUCGUGAUAUGGUGUGCUGGAGGCACGGCAGAUACAUUCCUACGUAUUUGAUAAAGGGUGCUGUGUAAAAAAAAAGAAAGAAUUUAAUUGGAGCGCGAAAAUGCGACGUUUUUAUUUAUUUUGUUGACUAUUCCUAGGAUAUAAAUAAGAUAUUUUACGAUGAGUCCAUUAAGAUACGAUUUCUGUAAAUUUUUGUAAAUCAUAUUGUCCUUGGUUGUACAUAUAGUUGUGCGUUUGUAAAUGUUGUUCGGAGGGAACUUAUUUAUUUGUAGUGUGGUGACAAGUAAUAUAUCAUGGUGCUGGCGUUGGCAUGAUAUUUAGUACUUAUCCAUGCGCUACCAAUACAGUAUAGUUUCAAGUUCCUUUUUUUGUGUUGACGAGUUGUUGUUGAAAGAAUAAAAAAAAUAUAAACAAAA